UGCCAUUAAAACAAACGAAGAAGAAGAACGCCCAUUUUGCUCACAUGCAUCGAAUUGAGCUGAAAUAUCAUCAGACAGAAAAGGACAAAGAGCUGCAAUGGACGGUGAUGUUGCAGUUGGUGUGAAGAGAGGCUCAGAUGAGCUCAACAUGUACAGCAGCAGCCCUCCCUCUAUGACCGCAAACGGCAGUGACACCAAGAAACAGCGUCUGGACGAAUCUCCUCCCUCCAGAGUCCUCCACAUCAGGAAACUUCCCAAUGAAGUGUCAGAGACUGAAGUUAUUGCUCUGGGGCUGCCCUUUGGAAAGGUCACCAACAUACUGAUGCUGAAGGGGAAGAACCAGGCUUUUCUGGAGCUGGGUACAGAAGAAGCAGCCAUCACUAUGGUGAACUACUACACAGCUGUCACGCCACAGGUCCGAAACACUCCUGUCUUCAUCCAGUACUCUAACCAUAAGGAACUGAAAACAGACUCAGCUCUGAACCAGAGGGCCCAAGCAGUGCUGCAGGCGGUGUCAGCUGUUCAGGAUGGAAGCUCUCCAUCCUCUGACCCUGGCGUUUUGGACCUAGCUCCACCCCCCAGCCCUGUCCUACGAAUAAUCAUCGACAACAUGUUUUAUCCUGUCACGCUUGAUGUUCUACAACAGAUCUUCAGUAAGUUUGGGACCGUAAUGAAGAUCAUAACCUUCACCAAGAACAACCAGUUUCAGGCUCUUUUGCAGUUCAGUGACCCCGUCAAUGCACAACAAGCUAAACUGUCUUUGGAUGGACAGAACAUCUAUAACUCAUGUUGUACUCUGCGGAUAGACUUCAGUAAAUUGGUCAACCUCAACGUGAAAUACAACAAUGAUAAGAGUCGAGACUACACCAGACCUGACCUUCCUACUGGAGACGGAGAGUCAGCCAAUAAGGAUCACUCUUUAUUGGGUACCCCAUCCGGAGCUCUAGCUUCCUACUCGAGCGGAGGGGGAUACUCAUCUUCUCUCUCCCUCUCGCAGGGUGGAGGAGCCAUCAGUCCUCUGAGCGCUGCAGCGGCAGCGGCAGCAGCUGCUGGUCGUGUUGCUCUGUCCGGCUCCGGAGUGUCCGGAGUCCUGUUGGCAUCCAACCUGAAUGAAGAGAUGGUCACGCCUCAAAGUCUCUUUACCCUCUUCGGAGUGUAUGGUGAUGUACAGAGGGUGAAGAUCCUCUACAACAAAAAGGACAGUGCUCUGAUCCAGCUGUCCGACGGCAACCAGGCUCAGCUGGCUAUGAGCCACUUGAAUGGUCAAAAGGUGUUUGGUAAAGUGAUGAGAGUGACGCUGUCCAAGCAUCAGACCGUGGCUCUGCCCAGGGAGGGGCUGGACGACCAGCUGCUAACGAAGGAUUUCUCUGGCUCACCUCUCCAUCGCUUCAAGAAGCCAGGCUCCAAAAACUUCCAAAACAUCUUUCCUCCCUCUGCAACACUUCACCUCUCCAAUGUCCGGGAUGGAGUCGGAGAGGAUGACCUCCGUCUUCUGUUCUCUAACAGUGGAGGAACUGUCAAGGCCUUCAAGUUUUUCCAGGACCGUAAGAUGGCCCUGAUCCAGAUGACGUCGGUGGAGGAAGCCAUCCAGACUCUGAUGGACCUUCACAACUAUGAUAUGGGAGGAAAUCACCAUCUGAAAGUUUCCUUUUCCAAGUCCACCAUCUAACCCUGACAGCGGACUCCUGACGGAGGACGUCCACACUGUUUUUUAUUUUUUAACAUUUUCUGUUAACCUCUGCUGCACUUUCCCCACACAUCUGAUUAAGUAGUACAAUGUUUUAUCACUGAAAUGUGCUUUAAUGUCCAAAGCAUCAAAACAAAGUAAAUCAAUAUAUUUAAUUUUAAAUAUUGAGAAAUCCAGUUUCCUAACAGCAUAUUUUCUUGACCAGUAGAAGUAGAACAACCCUCAGUGUUGGCCUGAAGGCAGUUUUCAAAGUAAGCACCUCUGUGCUCCGAACAGCGGCUGAUAGUCCUGUGAAGUGGAGCUCCCGUGGCUGUAGUGAGGUCUAAGAUGCACUGAUCCCAGCUUUCUGAGAAUCUGCCCAUCGGUACGAUAACGUUGAAAGAAUUGGGGAACGUUGAACGCUUCUUUGCAGCCUGCUGUUUCACUUUAAAGCAGUGGAGAGUUUUAGAUUAGAUUUUUUUUACAAGAGCCAACAGCUGUUUUUUUGUAUUUCCCUACCCAGUGAUCACCUGUGGGUUUUGUAGUAGUGUUGUUUUUCUCCGAUUCCUGUAUUAAGUGGUCUGUUAUUUCUCAUUUUGUUGCUACUUGAACCACUUUCUGUGUUCCCCAAGCAAAUGCCGAUUUGAAACCCAAACCACCAGCUGUUGUCCAUACAAUCAUUUCUUGUAGUCACUCCAAAACACCAGUCAUGAUGGACUCCCCCCACCAUGGUGACAACUCUUUCCUUCUGGCAGUUAUCAGCUGCUGCCCCGCUACACAGCUGUCUUUAAAAUAGUUCCUCAGUGUGCCGGUUCACUCCUCUAAAUGUCUUCUGUGCACUCAAAUCGUAAGUAAAAACAUUUACAACAUAAAAGUAAAGGGAUCAGAUGGGGUUUUCACAAAGCUUAGAGUGCAUUUCAUGCUGCUCAUCUGCAAUGUAAAUAUGACCCAUUUACAUCACCAACACACUUUUAUACUUUGUAGGCAUGUUCACUACCUACACAGACCGCUUGCAGCAGUACACAGAAUCACUUUAAAUGUAGUUUCAACACCACAUGUUCCUUGUUGUGCAGUGUCGUGCAAUUUGAAAAUAUAAAAAGGCUCUUAACUGGCACACUUUUUGUUGCUGUUAUUCCAGUAGGGGAACAAUCACGUUGAAGCUGUGUAUAGAGGAGUUUAUUGAACGCUUUAACAAACCCUUUCUAGGAGGAUGUCUAAAGGCAUUCUUUGAGGCUCAUGGUGAUGUUGAAUAUAAUUUCAUAAACACAUGCUUACAUGGAAUGCUAUUGAGGAUCCUAAAGUGGAGCUUUGAUUGAAGAAUAGAGCCACCUGUAGAAGUUCCCCUCUUUUCUAAACCAGUGUGUGAGUGGGUACACACACACACACAGACAAGCCGCACGCUAAGGCUUUGUAUGGACAAGGUUUCAACAUGUGAUUCUGGUCUUGGUCUCUCUCUCUUGAUUUGGGAGGAGGCCUGUUGGGACCAAAGUACAUGUGCCUUUAAUCUGUUCUGAUUUGGUGUGAUGUGUCUUCAAACUGAUGUGUUUACUGCUACUGUCUGUUGAUCAGGUUUAAACCUGUGGAAACAGAUGUGUUGUUGAUUAUUGCUCGUCCUCCCAGUCCUCUGGCUCACAGGAAGCAGAGACACACAGACACUGGGUCCCUGGUCCACCUGAGGAACUCCUCUCUGGUGCUUCAGCUGCAACACGUUUUCUUUCAGGAGAUGUUAUAAAUGCUCUGCUUGAGCCCAUUUUCUUUGGUGGUAAAAAUUCAGAUUUAGCCCAAAUUAAACACGUGUUUUCUACCAACAAACCCAAAUGAUAGUGUGUGUGUUUGUGUGACGAGCUUCAAGCCUCUCAUCUGUACCUCAGCUGUCAAUAAAGGUCUCGCCGCUCUCACUUCUUUCUCUU